AUGGCUAGUUUAUAUAAAGAUUCCAGCGCGGAGGAAGGAACUAAUAUAAGAGGGCAAGGAUUCUGAUACCUUCAAGCGUUGCAUUGAAAAACUCUCAAGUAUACCUAUAGCCGACUUAGAAACAGAGAUAUCUUCAGACAAUCAAUUUCGAUGACUUAUAGAGGCAAGGACACUUUUAGUAAUAUAGUUGGUUGAGCUUCUACGUUCCUAAUUGUGACUGUGCUGUUGGGAUAUAGCAUCAUUUUAUUCAGAACAAUGUUGAUGAGAACUGAUGUGAGCUGGAACCUCAAUUCAAUACAAGUAGAUGUGACUAAAGAAAGCUCCCCACUUAUAUGGACAGAAGAAGACCCUCAAUUCAAGUUUCUAUGGGAAGUCUUCCAAAUUCCUCCCAAUCUUGAUCCAAAUACCGAUCCUUUUCACUACAUAAGUACUAAGUAUGAACAUGAAAGAGUUAAGCAUGUUAACUACACUCCUACAAAUCUCUUAGCUCCUGAUCUUGACAUUAGGAGGGUAACUAAUAUUCCAAUCAACGACUGAAGCACUACAUUCCCAACAACAGAUGAUUAUAAGAUGAACCAAACGAUGUCUGUUAGACAAUGACCCGUCCUCACAGGAUUUGGACUCCAUGGACGCUGGGGUGUUGGAGAAGAUCAUUCAGGCAUUGUUUUUGAUUUUUCUACAUGUCCAUUUGGAAAUAACUAUACUAAUUGUGCUGAUCAGGCUGAAAUAGACCAGUAUAUUGAUAAGAUUCCAAUCACAAUGCAUUUAAAUAAUAGAUAUGUAGAUCUCAAUGAUAUUGAGAAUCCAAUCAAACGAUAUUAUGAUAAAGAGUAUAGGUUUCAAUUCAGAAAAGAUAAAAUUCAGAGAGUUCAUAUGAAGCUAAGAAAGCAUGAAGUAAUUCUUGAAGAUUCAUUCUUUCCAUUUCCUUGGAACUCUGAACCUAUAUAUUUCAAUAGUAUCGAGGAUUUUGAAAUCUUUGAAGAAGAUAGUUUCUCAGGACUGAUUCGGAUUGAAAUAGUAAGGGAUAGUCAAGUUGACCAACACCGCAGAAGAGUCCUCAACUUCCUCGAAGUCACUGGAAUUCUUGGUGGUAUCUUCGAACUCUUCGAAGUCUGCUUCGGUGUUCUCAUCGGCUUCUACUCAUCAUUCAUGUUCAGACGCAAAAUCUACAAAGACAUUCUGAAGUGCGAACGCAAGUUCCAGGCAAUGCAGAAGAGCAUCAGUGAGCUCGAGAAAAAGGUCUCCAGCAGCCACAACAGCAGAGGAGAUAGCAGGCAACAGCAAAGCAAAGACCUCCAAGAGGGUCAGAUGAAGGCCACUCUCAAAGCAGCAGACAUGCCUCCAGCAGCAGAGCCAAACAGUGAAGUGUUCAAACGUGGAGCUGCAGUCAUUAAGGACCACGAAGAAGCCAAGGCCAGACAACUUGGUCAUGAAGACGAAAAGCAGCACCAAGAUGAGCAUGAACGCAUGCAAAGACACAGACUCAGAUCGGAGCUUGACGACCACCCGUUCAGGAUGUUCGAGCUCGUUGGCAAUCAUCGUAAAUCCCAAAUUAUCAAUGAUGAAGAAGAGGACAGCAGCUCCGAUGCAUUUGCAGCCAGCGCCAAGGAACUGGGCAACGAAAUGGCGAAGUUUUAGCAACUCGCUAGACUGAUUGAACAUUGUUUACAGCAUCAAGACUUUGAGGGCUCAGACUGCAUAUUUAUUGUCAAAAGACCCAGAUUACUCAGAAGCAUUGAAGGCUAACCCAAGUCUGGAAGUAGACUUUGAAAAUAUUUACGCUAGUAACCAAAGGCAUAAAGUAUCCCCAGCCUAUGAAAACCCAGACCAGAUAAGAAACCCUAAAAACGAUCAGCCAAACUCAAUGAUUCAGUUAGGAAAGUCACUUCCAGAAAGAGCUCAUCCCUAUAUGGCUCUCUGAUCUCAGAAGCCAUAAUUAUUUUGCUAUGCAUGAUUUAAUGAUAUAAUUUCAAUACUUG